CGGCGGCGGGGCGGCGCGUGUCGCGUAGCAGCGGGGACGCGGAGGCGGCGCCAUGGCGGAGGCGGCGGCGGCGGAGCAGGCCCGGGAGGAGGCCGCGGCCGGCGCCGAGGAGGCCGUGAAGAUCAUCUGCUUGGGCGACAGUGCCGUGGGCAAGUCCAAGCUGCUGGAGAGGUUCCUACUCGACGGAUUCCGCCCCCAGCAGCUCUCCACCUUCGCCCUGACGCUGUACAAGCACCGCGCUCGCGUGGACGGGAAGCCGGUCCUAGUGGAUUUCUGGGACACAGCUGGACAAGAGAGGUUCCAGAGCAUGCAUGCAUCCUAUUACCAUAAAGCUCAUGCUUGUAUCAUGGUGUUUGAUGUGCAGCGAAAAGUCACCUACAAGAACCUGAGUAGCUGGUACAAGGAGCUGAGAGAAUUCCGCCCAGAGAUCCCUUGCAUUGUGGUAGCCAAUAAAAUUGAUGCGGAUAUGAAGGUGACCCAGAAAAAUUUCAACUUUGCACGGAAGUUCAGUUUACCCUUUUACUUUGUGUCUGCUGCAGAUGGCACUAAUGUAGUGAAGCUCUUCAAUGAUGCUAUCAAACUGGCCGUUGCUUAUAAACAGAAUUCAGGAGAUUUCAUGGAUGAGGUCAUGCAAGAACUGGAGAGCUUUGACCUUGAGAAGAAGAGUGAGAAUUUGUCGGAUAAGGAGGAGAGCUUUCCUGAAGAGAAGCCCCCAUCUGCCUAAGGACCAGACCCUGAGUCUAUCAUGUCUCUCUGCUCCAGUUGUCAGGGGCUAGUUAGAGCUGUCCUCCACAGAGGAAAGCAAUUUUUCUCAUGCCCUGAGAACUCUGGUGAUGGGCAGCUGGGCCUUUCUCCUUCUUGUCAAUGACCAUGACCUUCGUUGACUGGGCCCUAACCCUCUGCACAACACAGUCAAGGAAGGGGUGAAGUAUCCACACUGUUACUAGUUACCGCGUGCUUCUUCAAGGCAAAGCUUGCUGGGAGAGCUAAGCCACUGCUGGACCUGCAGAGAAGGGUCCUGCCCAGAUGCUUUAAUAGUAUCUACUGGAGAAAACAAACACUAAAGAUUUUUUUAAAGGUUUGAA